AUGAGUUCUAUACUGACGACAGAGGAUACAGAAUUCCACGCUGACCUCGAAAGUCACCACGCUCCAGCCCGGGCCUCACACCGAUCGUCCAGUCGCGCACCCACCCCACGACCCUCCGUAUCACCCCUCAGUACGGCCUCGAAGCCGAAUCGAUCACCAGAACUCACGAGGGACAUUCUGAUGAGUGGCACAACUCUGCUCGAAGAGGCCGAGCUGGAAACAGAAGCAGCCGCCAAUGGCGCUGAAAAUGGCAACUUUGCAGAUGAUCGCUCCAGUAGCCUCAGUGAACCUGAAGACGAUCACGACGAGGUUGAGCAGUCGCGCACAGCAAUACUAGAGACAUCGGCGCAAGAGCAAGUCGCGGGCCAACUGUUGCUGGAGGACGACUCGGAGGCAGAGACCGAGCGACUGGACGUAACACCGCAAAAGGCGCAAAAGCAUAUUGAAGAUGUUGGCAGGACACCGAGCAAGCUGAGCCAGGCUGUGACCAUGGAGGACGAGCUCUCUGAUCCGCCUUCACCUCUGCCUUUAGGAACGGGUGCAGCUUCGAGCACUAGCACGGUCGGAAUCAUGGAUAAGAAGCGCAAACGAUCCGCAAGCGACGAAAGCCCUUUGACCAGCCCCGAACGAGACCUCGAAGAGUCGCCUCGCAAACGAUCACACGAAACGCAAGCUGAAGUUGAGGAAGAGCACGAGGCAGAAGUUGAGCAGCCGAAAGCUGGAGACACACCGCAGCUCGAAAAGGCCGAACGAAACACGCCAUUGAAGCAUGUGAGCGUACCAGUCACCAAAGGCAAAAAGGGCAAGCCAAGAGGACGGAAGCCGAAAGAGCCGGUGACAGAAUCAGAGGCAGAACAACAGGAGGAUGUAGCUGAGCCGGAAGCUGAACUGAGUGAAGAGGCGAUUGCGAAGAAGGAAGAGGACAAGCAAGCCAGAGCUGAUGCCUCGACCAACCUGCAAGCUCUUGCGAAGCACUUCACUGGUUUCCGUGAGGCGUUGUAUAAUGAGCGAAUCGCAUCGACAAAUGCCGAGCUACGCAUGCUAGAACAGCCAGACUGCCAGCAUCCAGAAUACCUCGCACAAGUAGCAUGUGUGGAUGCGCGACGCGAAAAGCAGAUGCGAGAAGCGCAGGCAUUCUACCACUAUCGCCUAACCUCAAUCCGACAGCGAACAAUUGGAGAGCGAGCACAGCUACAUAGCCAGUACUUCCAAUGCAUGCGAGACAUGCGAGAAGAUCACUUGUACAGCCUUGGGGAGGAUUGGUACAACAUUCAGAAAGAGCGGCGAGAUCAGCAUCAAGCCAAGGAUGAGGAUCAUAUCUAUAAAUUCCCGGCGAAGAAGAGCGAGCAGAUCCAGCGACAGGCGCAGUACAAUCAGGAGAUUUCUGUGCUUAGUGGUGUAGCGAAGUAUGUUGGCUUCCCUGCGGCGCCUGAGAUCAAGGGAGCCGAAGGCGCUAGUCUGGACGACGAUCUCAAGGCUAUGAAGAUCUCCAAACGCGUCACCCAGACGAACACAGCCCCUGCGCAGACCCAACCUUUCUAUCAGCGACUACCGACAGUACCCACACAAAACGAGCGAUUGGCACACGAACAGUUCAUCGAGCAGAACGCGUGGGCGCAGCCACAGAGACCCAUACACAAUCACAGCACUCCUGGCGGCUUGACACAUACUCCGGAUUGGGUGGACCAACCAGGCCAACAUAGCUCAGCUCGGAAUUUGAUUCGGAAUCUGAGCGGACAGCUUCCACAGCGACAGGGGACGGGCAGUCCGUACGCCACUCCUAUGCCGCGCAAACAGGGCUUACCUGUUGGAGCAGAGCAUUCCAGUUCAGCGGGCACGAUCCCGGCUACUAAUAGUGAUGGCAUCGAGCCGCCUUCGAGUGUGCAGGCCGGGCCGCCAACGGGAGAGAGGAUACAGCAAUUUCACCAUCACCAUCAGAUCGGUACAGGGUCGCCGAGAGCCUCGCCGCUACAUGUACAUAAGCAACGCGUGCAAAAGGGUGCUAUUGGUGGUCCGGGGCGGGAACGAGAUCAGCAGGUCCAUCAUCAUCAGCAGCGGGAUGAAGCAGCAGGCGAGAGGCGGAACAUCUCCAACGUCUCCGCCCUGUCCGGCGCGAGCACGAUCGAUGCACCGGAGACCGAGCCUCCCGAGAAGGCAAGAGAACGGGACUGGCGAGAAACACCAGGCUCAGGAGCCAGCAAAUUCAUCUCUGGUACGUUUGGCUUCCGACCGGAUCCUUCCUCCCUGGAACAACAACACCAUCAACAUCAACAGGGUCAAAGAGGCAUGUCCAUGCUCCCACGUCAACGAUCAGAAGGCGCGUUCGGUACACCUGCUCCGUUGAAUAAUGGGGGUUCUGGGCUUAUGGCCGUGCCUUCCCCCACGCCUGCUGCGCCGCCUACGGCAUCUUAG